AUGACUGCAAGGCCGGAAACUCCUUUGCGCCGCAUUUCUAGUGCUGGUUCAUCUCCAGCAAGUCAUUCGAGAACACCUAGCCGUAGCUUAAUGCUGGGUGGCUCAGAGCUUAGGAUUAAUGCUUUGACACCUCAUGGAAGGGCGGCUUUACGAGAAGUUGAGGCACGACGAGCAGGGCUGACCCCAGGAAAGGAUAGAAGACGAAGUGGCAGACAGCAAAGAGAAACACCUCGAGAUGUAUUGAGGUUAUUGAGCAGAACCUUGGCCCCCCAAACUCGCCCGACAGUUCCAUCCCCUCAAAGAGCGCCCAGUAAUUCUAGAAGGCAAACUUUGCUCUUAGACGAUGAUUUUGACGAUGGCCCAAAUCUUGUACCCCCUCGACUUUCAAUACCCCUGGAAGACGAGAACGAGGAAGACGAGAACGAGGAUGACGAAAGUCUUUUACUGCCGAGUCUAGCGGCCCUAGAGGACGAAAACUUGACUGCACGAUCCAUCGAGCUUCCAAGGAGAGCUGUCAGUGAACGUCCGAAUAGGUUAUCCUCAAGGGGUGGUUUCGGGAGUAUACGUGAGAGCGACCGUUUCGGAAACAUGUACGAGGCAGAGCUAGGGAUAGACGACAUGGAACCGAGCUUCUUAAAUGGAAACGAAUAUGAGAAUGAAGAUUUUCCAGACAUGGCAAACACCCCAUUCUUCGGGAGUGACCACACAGGGAUACAAGGAGAAUUCGAGACUGGAUCGCAUCGACGCUCCCUUUUGCCAGGCCGAAGUAGUGAUAUUAGACCAUCCAACUCGCCAUCCGAGGAUAGAGACGCAACAUUUGUGUUCACAGUUCCGCAGCCGGAAAUUUCAGUCCAACUUGAGCCGUCUCUAUCCCCGGACACUACUCAAAUUGGAGGUCCUGAUAUGAGUGUACACUCUCCACCCUCUGAUAAUAUACAAGAAGAUGGGUUUGCAAUGAGCGAAGAAGUCAUGAAUGGCGACAAUGACUUCCCAAGGUUGUCGUUCGGCACAUUUGAAGACUCUCGUCUUAGCGACAAUGAAGCCUCUAAGGUUAUGCAGAAGGCCAUAUCUGAAACUUCGAAGAGAACAUUACAGAAAAAGAACAACAAAGUUUCAAAACAUGGGCUGAAAUAUUCGUCGUUGCCUCUAGCUGUGGUAAAGAAACAAGCCAUGAAUUUGGUAAGGAAUAGAGCUAGUAAAGGAAGCAAGCUGAGUAGGGAUACUCUUGAUGCGAUUAUGCAAGCAACCGACUGGUUUUUCGAACAGAUUAGUGAUGAUUUGGGCACGUAUUCUGAACAUGCUGGGCGAAAGACUAUCGAUGAGAGUGAUGUUUCAAUGCUGAUGAGAAGGUAUUUAUCUGAACGUGAUUUAAAACCUUUAUACACGCUGAGUAUUUUACAGACAACGCCAGACCAAUGCUACAACGACGCCGUUUUCUCUUGCACAGAGCCGGUUACCUAG